UUUCCAUUCGUCAGACUUCACCCAUUUCCGUUUAAGCCGAACAUGUCAGACCCCAGUUUCUCGUAGGUCAAAACCUGUACUAACUUUUAUAUAAAUUGCCAGUUGGCUGCUUUUUUUCUCUUCAAAAUUAACCAUGUUCAAGAUCAAGCUCAGAGACUUUGGGUCCUUCGUGGCAUUGACUGCGCUGCACGUGUGUUCUGUCCUGCAGCCCGUGGUGGAGGCUCAGGCCAACGUCAAGACCAUCUACCCGGUGGUGGAUAGGAAUCUGCUGCUCCAGGUGGGCUACCAGUAUAACCAUUGGAUGCUGGGCAAAUCCAUGAUGUACUCCCUGCUGGUGUUGAUCGGUCUAUGGUACAGUCGUCAUCUGCAGCAGGCAAGAAAGCUGGAAACGGAGGAGAGGCGCGGCAUCCUGAAGGAUUCCCAGCAACUAACCGCCGAAGAAGUGAAAGCUGAGUGGCUGAGCCGACAGCGACAGGAUGCCUUUCCGAUGAGCAAGUUCCUCUGCUUUGCCACACCCUGGCUACUCACCUUUGUGGGCAGCGGGCUGAUCAACUACGUCCGACUUUAUCUGGUCAUCCAGCACUUUUGCGUCUCCAACUGGCGGGCCAUCCAGCUCUAUGGGGAGCUGCACGUGCUCUUCCUGCGCCGUCUCCUGGCCGUGGCCCUGAUACCCUACUGGUCGCAGUUCGCGGGAGGAGACUCCCUCGAAGAAGCGGCCGCCUCCCUGCCCGCCAACUAUAUAAGCUACGAGACCCAUCUCCUGGACUGAACUCUAUCCGAUAAAUGUUUUAUAGUUGCAAGCAAUAAAGUUGGUUACAUGAUGUGCAAUUUAGUUAAAGAA